UUCGCGCGCCCCUGCCACUUUUCCGGUGGGUUUCUUGCUCAUUGGUCGUACGCUUGCUGCAGUGCUCCUUUUCCCUGCGAAGAUGUUCGAGGCGAGGCUCGUCCAAGGUUCCGUCCUGAAGAAGGUGCUGGAGGCCCUCAAGGACCUCAUCACCGAAGCCUGCUGGGACUUGGGCUCGAGCGGCAUCAGCCUGCAGAGCAUGGACUCCUCGCACGUCUCGCUGGUGCAGCUGACGCUGCGCUCCGAAGGCUUCGACACCUACCGCUGCGAUCGGAACAUCGCCAUGGGGGUCAACCUUGUCAGUAUGUCCAAAAUACUGAAGUGUGCAGGUAAUGAUGACCUAAUCACUCUGAGAGCAGAAGACAAUGCAGAUACACUCGUUCUCGUUUUUGAGACACCAAACCAGGAGAAAGUUUCGGACUAUGAAAUGAAAUUAAUGGAUUUGGAUGUAGAACAGCUUGGAAUUCCUGAACAAGAAUACAGUUGUGUGGUUAAAAUGCCCUCUGCUGAAUUUGCACGGAUCUGCAGAGACCUUAGUCACAUUGGAGACGCUGUCAUCAUCUCUUGUGCAAAGGGUGGUGUUAAAUUCUCUGCUACUGGAGAGUUAGGAAGUGGAAACAUCAAACUGUCACAGACUAGUGAUGUGGAUAAAGAAGAGGAAGCUGUUACAAUAGACAUGAACGAGCCGGUCCAAUUGACUUUUGCUUUGAGGUACUUGAAUUUCUUCACCAAAGCCACCCCACUGUCUCCUACUGUAACACUUAGUAUGUCUGCAGAUGUUCCACUAGUUGUGGAGUACAAGAUAGCAGACAUGGGACACUUGAAAUACUAUUUAGCUCCAAAGAUUGAAGACCAAGAAGAAUCUUAAGAGUUUGGGAAAAGAAAACUUAUGAGAAGUGAUCUGCGCUGGAAGCCAGCAGCCAUUCAGUUUUUCCGUAUCGGUGCAUCGAGCUAUCAGAUAUCUGUGUCUUAGGCACCACUGUAGAUAUUUCUGUGUAAAUAUUUCUUUCACUUGAUAUGUAUACGCCAUUUAUAAAAUAUCCCCUUUUUUCUACCUAGCUUCUACCCAAUGUUUUUAGAUCCUAUUUUUAUUACUAAACUUUUACUCCGUUUCACAGGAAUGGUGUUGAAGUAUUUAAAACAAGAAUGGCAGUCUCUUUACUUUAAAAUGAGAUGCUGAUGACUCCCAAAAUAAUUUUAGGAGAAAUCUGCUUUUAAUGGUUUGUUUUGAAGCUGGAACUCUGACAAAUGAACACAUGUCAAUAAAGAAUAAAUAUUCAGUUUCGUA